GUAGUAUUCGCGGUCUGAACACUAAUUUCGGCAAAGUUUAGACCAAUCCAACUAAGUUUACUCCACAUUGAUGCCUGUACUCACCCAAAAAAAAUGAAGAAAAAAAAAAAUCUGUUUUAUUUAUUUAUUUUUUUUUUUGGGAGGAAAAGCUACCAUCAAAAUUAAUUGUUCAGAACCUCUCCUUUUCUUAGUCACGUGCGUUAACUACAGUACUUUCCUACUUCGUACAAGCCUUGAUUGUUCAAUAUUUGCCUCAUAAAUUUUCAUUUUUUUGGCUUCCCUAGGAUUUGUUGAUUGUGAUCUUCUUUCUUGUUUUCCAUUUGUGUUGUCAAUUUUGUUGUCCCAACUGGGUUUUGGCUGUAAUUAAUGUUUCCGGAUUGAAUCUUUAGGGUGGCGAAAGUUCUCUUUUGUAGAUCAUUUGGUGAAUCAUUUUCUGCGUCAUUACCACAAAAAUGGAUUCAUGUUGUGUCGCCAUUAGAGCUAAUGUGCCGCCACCGAGCCGGCGGGAAAAUGGGUUUUUUGGAAAGAAACUUAGGAGUUCGAAAGAAAUUGUUUUUGGAUCACGAGUUUGGAAGAAAAAGGGUGAGAAUGGGACGAGAAAUUUGAAGCCGGGAGUUGUAUACUCUGUUCAAACACGUGAUAUCAACAAAGAAAUGGCUGCACUUCAAUCCACACCAUUUCCUGAGGAGACUCCGAAUGCAAAUCCAGCAACCGUUGCGUCAAUAAUCUUGGGCGGAGGCGCCGGCACUCGCCUCUUUCCUCUCACUAGCAGAAGAGCUAAACCCGCCGUUCCGAUUGGUGGUUGUUAUAGGCUCAUUGACGUCCCAAUGAGCAACUGCAUCAAUAGUGGGAUAAGAAAGAUAUUCAUUAUGACGCAGUUCAACUCAUUCUCCCUCAAUAGGCACCUUGCUCGGACCUACAACUUUGGAAAUGGAAUGAAUUUUGGAGAUGGUUUUGUGGAGGUUCUUGCUGCCACCCAAACAUCGGGAGAAACAGGAAAGAGAUGGUUCCAAGGAACUGCAGAUGCAGUUCGACAAUUCAUUUGGGUUUUCGAUGCUGCCAAAAAUAAAAAUAUCGAGCACAUAGUAAUCUUGUCGGGUGACCAUCUUUACAGAAUGGACUAUAUGGAUUUUGUUCAGAAACAUAUAGAUACAAAUGCAGACAUUACAGUUUCGUGUGUACCCAUGGAUGAUAGCCGAGCCUCAGAUUUUGGAUUGAUGAAAAUUGAUAAAACGGGCCAGGUCAUUCAGUUUGCAGAGAAACCAAAGGGCUCUGAUCUACAAGCAAUGCAAGUUGACACCUCUGUUCUCGGACUUUCUCGUCAAGAGGCAGCAAAAUUUCCCUACAUUGCAUCAAUGGGUGUUUACGUCUUCAAGACUGACGUCCUACUACAGCUUCUGAAAUAUACAUACCCAUCGUGCAAUGAUUUUGGCUCCGAGAUCAUUCCUGGAGCCGUGAGGAGUCACAAAGUGCUGGCAUAUUUGUUCAGUGACUACUGGGAGGACAUUGGAACCAUCAGGUCGCUAUUUGACGCCAACUUGGCCCUCACAGAGCAGCCUCCAAAGUUUGAUUUUAAUGACCCAAAGACCCCUUUCUACACAUCUCCAAGAUUCUUGCCACCUUCGAAAGUCGAAAAAUGCAGGAUAGUGGAUGCAAUAAUUUCCCAUGGUUGCUUUUUGGGGGAAUGUAGUGUUCAACACUCUAUAGUUGGUGUGAGAUCACGGCUAGACAACGGUGUUGAACUCAAGGAUACGAUGAUGAUGGGAGCAGACUAUUAUCAGACAGAAUCUGAAAUAGCAUCUGCUGUGGCGGAAGGAAAGGUUCCAAUCGGUGUUGGAGAAAAUACCAAGAUCAGUAAGUGUAUAAUCGACAAGAAUGCAAAGAUCGGAAGGAAUGUGAUGAUCGCAAACAAAGAUGGUGUGGAAGAAGCAGACAGGGCGGAGGAAGGAUUUUACAUAAGAUCUGGAAUCACAGUAGUAUUGAAGAAUGCCACCAUUAAAGAUGGAACUCUCAUAUGAAUCUUCAACUUCAAUAUCUUGUUUCCCAGGAAUCUAAUAAUCUUCCUUUUCCCACUUCUACAUCUUUGCUGCUGUAAAUUGCAAUUCUACCUUCUUUCUAACUAUACAAAACAUCAUCUUUUGGCUUAUCUAGGUUUAAUACCACUAAUAAGUUUCAACAUUUUAA